CCUACAUGUGGCUCAGGCGGUCCUCCCGGUGGGGCUACUUGUGCCUUGCAAAUUCCGGCCUUUCCGUAGCUCGCAGCGGCGAGCGCGGCUCCGGCUGCCUCUUAUCCGGUGGGCGCCUCAGUUUUCUCCACAAACGCUCUCGAAAGAGGCGGAGAGAGAGGCAGCCCGGAGUCCCGUGGGAGCAGCUAGACAGCCCGAAGCUGCUCGCGGGGAGCCGUGCAGCGCCGUCGCGGCUAUUCCGGGGCUCCGCCGUUCUCUCGGUGGCCCAGUCGCGUUCCUGCUUAACGUCUAGCAGCAGCAGCAGCAGCAGCAGCGCCGACCAUGCAGGCGAGGAGUGCGGCGAAGCAGCCUUGGCUGCUUGUCAGAGGCGGCGUUUCCUCCGAAGAGGGGGAGACGAGGGCAAGCAGACCUGGGCUUCUUACCUGCGAGGAGACCACCCGGCCUUCGGGCCUCUGGGGGUGGCACUGAAGAAGAACCUGGCCACGCAGUGGUGGGAGGCCGUGGUGGUCUUUCGGGAGCAAGUGCUGGGCGUGGAGGGCCCGGUUCGACUCGAGCCCGCUGCUGGCCAAGGGCCCCUGGGGGAGUCCCUGCGCUUGGUGCAUCCGCGCACCGUCGGGGAGACCUUGCAGGAGGCUGGAUCGGACGGAGAGCAGCCGCUCGCCGCCUUGCAGAAAAUGCUAGCCCAGUCCGGGAUGCUUCGCGACAACCUUCUUCAUGGUGCUUUAGAGCAUUAUAUUGAUUGUCUGGAAUUGGUAAACCAGAGACUGCCUUUUGGAAUUGCGCAAAUAGGAAUAUGUUUUCAUCCAAAUGACAAAAAUCCCAUGAGAACAGGUGAAAGGACAAUGGCUUCCCUUGUUUGGUACAACUCUGCCAGAACAGCUGGACAGUGGCUUGGCUAUUGGUUACGUCAGCGGCUUCAGUGGUGGAGAAAGUUUGCCAUAAGCCCAUCCAACUUCAGCAGUGGCGCUCACAAUGAAGAAGGAAGAAGAGGAAACAAUCUGUAUUAUAAUUUUCCCUGGGGGAAGGAAACAAUAGAAACUCUGCAGAUGCUGGGAGACAAUGAACUAUUACAAAUGUAUCCAGGAAAUGUAUCAAGAUUGUAUGGUCGAGAUGGGCGAAAGCAUGUUGUUCCUCAUGUCCUCUCUGUGAACGGCAAUUUGGACAGUGGAGUAUUAGCAUACCUCUAUGAUAGCAUGCAAGUGUCUGAAAAUGGUUUGACCCAAAAAAAGGCUCUGCAGAGAAAGGUCCUUAAGCUUCAUCCGUGUUUGGCACCCAUCAAAGUAGCUUUGGAUAUGGGAAGGGGCCCAGCAGUAGAGUUGAGGCAGGUGUGCCAAGAGUUGUUCAAGGAAUUGUUAGAAAAUGAGAUUUCUGUUUGGCCUGGCUAUCUUGAAACCAUGCAAUCCUCUUUGGAGCAGCUCUAUACCAAGUAUGAUGAAAUGGGUGUGCUUUUCACAAUCCUGAUCAGUGAUGCCACACUAGAGAAUGGGCUGGUGCAGUUGCGAAGUAGAGAUACUACUUUGAAAGAAACAAUGCAUAUAUCCAGGUUAAAGGACUUCUUAAUCAAAUAUAUGUCUGCUGCUAAAAAUACUUGAAUUU